AUCGAUCCUGCCGUGACAGGAUGACAAGUGAGAACCCAUCCCCGACGCCGUCCCCCAUUCACGAGCCGUCGAAACCCUAGCCCGCAAUCGUCCCAAAAAUCUCGCUCUCGCCGCCUCCCCGUCGCCAUGGGCAAGAAGCGGAAGCUCGAGCCCAAAUCCGCCGCUGCCGCCGCCGCCGCCGCUAAGGCCUCCCCCGCGGUGGGUAAGGCCGCCGCAACCAGGGCCGCCACCGCUAAGGCCGCCGCCGUGCAGGAGGCCCCCUUCUCGCAGCGUGAAACCCUAGCCGAGGUCCCGGUCCCCGCCGAGGCCGUGAAGGAGGAGAAUCAGGCCCAGGAGGCGGAAGGCGAGGAGGAGAUGGAGGAGGAGAUAGAGGUGGAGGAGGAAGUGGAGGUGGAGGAGGUGGAGGUGGAGGAGGAGGAGGACGAGAGCGAUCCCGCCGAGAUCCAGGCGCUGCUGGACUCAUUCCCCAAGGAUCAGCUCGUCGAGCUGCUCCGCGACGCGGCCGUCGCGCACGGAGACGUGCUCGACGCCGUCCGCCGCGUGGCCGACUCCGACCCGGCCCAGCGGAAGAUCUUCGUCCACGGCCUGGGCUGGGACGCCACCGCGGACACCCUCACCGAGGCGUUCAGCCCCUACGGGGAGAUCGAGGAUUUCAGGGUGGUCACCGACCGCAACACGGGCAAGUGCAAAGGAUACGGCUUCAUCCUGUUCCGCCACCGCUCGGGCGCCCGUGCCGCACUACGCGAGCCACAGAAGAAGAUCGGCAACCGCAAUACCGCCUGCCAGCUCGCCUCUGUUGGCCCUGUCCCACCUGGCGGUGCAGCAAGCAACCCUGUGCCAGCCGCGGCUCCGUUGCAGUUGCCACCAGUGUCGGAGUACACGCAGCGCAAAAUUUUUGUUAGCAAUGUUGGUGCAGAUAUCGACCCCCAGAAACUGCUUCAGUUCUUUAAGAAGUAUGGUGAGAUUGAGGAUGGCCCUCUUGGGCUUGAUAAGGCCACUGGGAAGCCCAAGGGAUUUGCUCUUUUUGUGUACAAGACCAUUGAGAGUGCCAAGAAGGCACUUGAGGAGCCGCAUAAGCAUUUUGAAGGAGUUGUGCUGCACUGUCAGAAGGCGAUCGAUGGACCGAAGCCCAAUAAAUUAGGAGGACCUGGAGGCCUUUAUGGUGCUGGAGCUUCAAGUGGGAACAAGGGGGUUGCUGGUUAUGGAGCUACUACUCAUUCUCUGCCCGGUAGUGCUGGCCAUGCAAUGUCACCUCUAGCGCCCAGUUUGGCUUCACUUGCUGGAGGUAUUGCUGCUGCUCCAGGGGUGGAUCCUGCACUGGGGCAGGCCUUGACAGCUUUGCUUGCCACCCAGGGGGCAGGGCUGGGUAGCAUCCUGGGUGUUGGUGCUAGUAGUUCAGGGGUGCCUCCGCCAGGAACAUCUGGGACACUGGGUGGUAGUGGUGUGCCUGGUUAUAUGGGUGGCUAUGGUGGUGCUGGUGGGUAUGGUGGUGCCCCGUCAGGAGGUCCUGGAAGAAAUUACAUGGGUCGCUAGGAUGGUUAUAACUAUUUUACUGUGGCCAGAUGAUUCUACAUGUUCCUGCUUGGCACUUAUAAACUUAAUUGUUUUAAGCUGUUUCUGGCUACUCAAAACUGUUGUAGUCAAAGUUAUCAUAGGAACUGUGCCGCUACCUACCGUUUCAAAAUGAAACAGUGCUUUGUACAACUAUUUAGAUUUUCAAAAGGCCUUCUGGUGGCUUAUGAGACUAUUGUAAAAGACUUCAUUUGGAUUUAAAGCACUGUGGUAUUUAACUA